UUUCACACUGUUGACAACUGUGCCCUGACAGCUAACCUCUUUUCAUUGCCCCGCAAAAUCAAACACAAACAGCAUUCUUGUUUACAGCAAUAACAAAUCCAGAAUAUCCAAGACUUUUGCGGUGCGGUACUGAUCCUUCACGAUGUCCGGUCUGGAGUCGUAUGUCAACAAUACGGUAUCGAUAAUUACCGCCGAUGGACGCAACUUUGUCGGCACGCUCAAGGGAUUCGACCAGACCGUCAACGUAAUACUGGACGAAUCGCACGAGCGCGUCUACUCGAUGACGGCCGGCAUCGAGCAGGUGGUGCUCGGGUUGCACAUUAUCCGCGGGGAUAACAUUGCCAUCAUCGGGCAGCUGGACGAGAGCGUCGACAGUAAGCUAGACUUUAGCACCAUCCGCGGCAUGCCGCUGGAACCGGUGGUGCACUAAGGCCGGAUCGGGGCAGUGGGUGCGGCGGAUCGCUGCUGCUGCGCUCAGUCACUCGCAGCGAAUGUGUGUACUCGAACCAAAACCAAACGCUCUUGGAUUUGUUAAAUUGUGUAUAAUGGAAAAUGUGUAAUGGAAGCACAUGAAUUUAAGACGAUAAGGAUUGUAUGGGGUGAACUCUGGAAAAACUAGUUUUGCAGGAAUACAAAACUAGCCAAACAAAAUGUGCCCAAGCGGUGGUGACAUUUUGUUUCGCUUGAUGGUGUGAAAUAAAAUAAAACAAACAGUUUUAAAACAAAUCAAACCAGCUUGUGCCGAUGGCGCUUGGAA